AACGUUUUCUUAUCAUCAACGAUCAAUUUGAAAAGAUUAGUACACAGAAAAGGAAUGUAUAUUAUUCAAUAUAAUGGAAUACCUAUAUAAUUUAGUAGUUUACCUUAAGUCCUAAUAUUUUACAAGUGUAUUCUAGUCCUAUUCCAUUUUCCGCAGAUUAUUAAAACUCACUAUUGUAAGUACAUGAAAUAGUAUUUCAUUAAAGUGUUUAUGCUUUAAAAAUUCUAGUAUAAAUUUGUUUUAAAUUCACAAGAGUAAAUCCUUAAAAGAGGUAGGUAUAUAAUCAGAUAGUCAAAUAACAUGUACAUUGUUCAAUAAUCAAAUAAUUGGUUCAAAAGUACCUUUUUUGAGUAGCUAGUUGGGAUAUUUUUGUAACUAAUUCACAUUUGUCAAGUAUUUUUUUUUCUAUUAUUCAUUAAUUAAAUUUAAAAAAAAUUAUUAAUAUUUAUUAGACUUAUUUGUUGUAAUAUAGCCGUAUUUGUUCAAAUACAGGUAUAUAUUAUACAAUUAUUAAUUUGCAUAAUGAACCAUGAUAAUUAAUGUAUAUUAAUCUAUAGGCAUAACGUAAUGAAAUAUAGUGGCUUAUCAAACAUUUUAAUAAAGUACUUACUGAAUACUUGGUAAGAGGAAAUAGAGUUCUGUUGUAAAUUAAUACAUAUUACAUACAUUUAAAAAUUAUAAUCAAUCUCAUGAAAAAAUAAAAAACAUAAAUAAAACAAAUAAUAAUUAUUUUAGGUAUCUAUAUAAUAUUUUAAGUGAAAAAAAAAGAUAUACAUAAGUGAUUGGGUAUAUUACUAUUCAAAAUUCUACAACUUUGGUUGUUUUUUAUUUUGAGUAUGAAAAAAAAAUUUAUAUUAAUUAGUUUAACAAAAAAAGGCAAUGUUUUUUAAUUCGCUUACAGGUUUAUUAUGUUUUAAAUAAGUAUUAAUUUACUAAAGUUUUUUUCCCCUCAAUUUGAAUACUCAGUUGGUACUUAUAGCAAAUACAUACAUUAUAAAUUCAAUUGUAUUUUAUAUACUUAUAUAGAUUAUGAAGCCAGUUUUUCAUACUUGUAUUGAAAAUUUAAAGAAAAAAUUGAUUAUUAAUGAUCAAUUAUACAGAUUUGAUAAGGAACGAAAUGAACUUUUACAAAUAGUUAAAAGAACUACGGAUUUCGGAGAAAGUGACUCUGUAAUUAUAAUUGGACCCAAUAAAUCUGGAAAAUCAACGGUAUUAUCUAUAUGACUAUAAGCACUAAACUUAACUAUUAUUACAAUGUACAUAACCAAGUUGACAAAUUUACAUUUUAUAUUUCACAGUUAGUAGAUUCAGUGAUAAAGACUCUAUUACCAGAUUCAUAUACAGUUGUGUCAUUGAAUGGUCUUAUUCAUACAGAUGAUAAUUUAGCACUCAAAAGUAUUAUACAACAACUACAAAUGGAAAAUUUAGAAGGAGCUUUGGUUGAUGGAUCCUUUGCUGGUGUGUGUGUUUCAAAUUUAAUCUGUUGAAACAAUGUGAUCAACGUAAUAUAAAAUACUCAUUAUCUCAGAAAUAAUUAACUUCCUAUGGAAUUCGUUUUUUUGAACAUUUAAUAAACAAGCAACUCUAAAAUGUUACAAAUAUUAAAUAAGUUUUUACUUUCCGAGAUAUUAAGUGUCUUAAAUUAUGAUAUUAAUCAUCUUAUAUAAUUUUAUAAAUCUAAUAUACAAUCAACUGAAACUUUAAAUAAUUUUAAAUUCAAACAAUAAUUUUUAAUUUAAUCAAUAUUAAAUUUUGUAACUUACAGGAGUUCUAGUAACUUUAAUUGAGUUACAUUAAUUAUAAAUAUAUGAUUAUUAAUAAAAUUGUUUAUGUUCUCUAUCUUUCACUGUUCAAUCAUGAUUUAAUAAUCUCUUUUUUAAAAAUUAUAAAACAUACUUUUAGAUUCUGAGUUAAGUGAGGGAUGUAUUGAUUUUACUAUGAUGUUCAUUAUACAUUUUUUUUAUCUGUGAACAAUUUUAAUACCAUACAUUUUGCUCCAAUUUUCAAGCGUUGUACCUCUUCUAAAAGAAAAUAUUUGUGGGUUGGUACUCUAGGGAUGCUUUUUUUUGAUUUUGUCAAAAGUUUUUAUAAUAAAUGUACAAAUUUACAAAAUGUAUUAUUUUAUGAUCAUAAAUAUUACGGCUUUUCAAAACAUCUAUAACCAAACUCUGCUCAGAAACAUUUUUUAUUAGUAAUGACUAAUUGUUGCAUACAGAUAUACAUUUUUCACUUACAACAGAUGCUCAUCUAUCGUGCGACUAUUUUUGUUAUAGUAUUGUUAUUAUUCUAUAUUUAAUUGUUUUCUCUUUUGCUAUAGAAUAUUAAAACACUGAUGGACACUACAUUUGUUUACAAAACCAUUCAAAAAAUGUCACUUUCAUUACUGCUCUAAUUUAUUGACAAAAAAAAAAAGAUAAAAAAUAACAACAAGCUAAAAUAAAGUGCCCAUUGGUCUAUUGAAAUGUAUUGGGUUAGAAUAGCAUUCUUUUUCGUAAGAUACCAUUGAACAUAUUUCUGCUACAGCAGUAAUGACAAUUUUUGGAUGGUUUUUAUAUUACUACUAUAGCAGAAUUAUUGGCCUACUGUCCAUUGACAUGUUACAUUGUAAUUAUAAAUUAUUAUUUUAUUUUAUUUUUAUUGUACCACUUCAGGUUGAGGCCCAAAAACAUAAAGUGAUAGAUUUUAAAAUAGAUUUAUUAUUUAAUUAUUAUUUAUUGUUUUUACUUUUGUAUUAGUUGCACUAAUAUUAAUCAGUUAUUAUAUUUAGAUAACCUACAUUUUUUGUUGGAGAGUUUUCGUGCUGGAAACAGAACAGCUUCAAAGUCAAUUAUUAUUAUUUUGGAUAAAUUUGAUAUGUUUUCAUCUCAUUCUAAACAAACGUUGCUGUAUAAUGUAUUUGAUGCUGUUCAAUCUCAACAGGUACAUAUUUAAAUUAUUUAAAAAUUUAAUUCUAUUUAAUUUAUUUCUAUUAUAGACUCCAUUAUGUAUUAUUGGUUUGACGUCACGUAUUGAUGUUGUUGAAUUGCUAGAAAAACGUGUAAAAUCUAGAUUUUCACAUAAUUGUAUUAUGUUGAAACCACCAACUGAAUCUAAUGAACUUUUAGAAAGAUUGAAAUGUUUACUUACAAUUGAUAAAGAUUGUAAAGUGAAGUCAAAUAUUAGUAAAAAAUGGAACACAAAUGUGGAAUUAUUGAUAGCAGAUUCACAAACACAGGAAUUAGCUGAAAAACUUUUGAAACUAAGCAACAAUAGUACAAAGUUAAAUAUGCUUAUUGUUAGUAAUUUAUAAUCAUGAUUUAUUUGAAAUAACUCUGUAUUAAAUGAAAAUAUUAAAAACAAUUUACAGUUCAUGGCACUUUCAAAUUUAUCAGAAGGUGAAAUGUUAGCAGUUAAAGAUUUAACUGAUAGCUACAAUGCAUUGUAUGAAAGAGAUAUGAUUCUUGUACAUUUACUAGGUAAGAACUAUAAUUUAUCGCAAAUUUUAAAUAUACUACACUUAUUUAUAUUGUGUUUAUUAUUAAUUAAUAAUAAUAAUAUUUUUGUUUUUUGUUUAUCUAGGAUUAUCAGUUUUAGAACUUUGUUUGAUGAUUUCAAUUUGCCAUCAUUCAGAAAUCUACGACCAAGAGCCAUUUAAUUUUGAAAUGAUUUAUGCUCGUUAUUGUAAAUUUGCAUCACAAAACUCCACAUUACUUAUAACUAAAAGACAAGUUGUUAUAAAAGCAUUUGAAAGAAUAUCGGUUAGUGUCGUAAUUAGGGCUGUGAAUAUAAUGUAGAAAAUUCUUUUUUUUUUUUUCAAUUCUUAGAUUAGUUAAAUGACUUUGAUGGCUCUCCACUUGUCUCUAUCCAUCACAACUAUUUUCAGUUCCUUGUAAUUGGUUUUCCCUAUAUCUUGUAUGAUCUGUUUCAUAAAUGGUAUUCUUGCAAAUUCUCAUGAAACUAAUUUUUAUACCAAAGAGUUGGAGGAAAAUCCAUAGUGUUAUAAUAAUUAUACUAUUAUAUUACUUAAAUUAUUUAAGUUAAUUUAUAUUCAUAAUACGUAUUAUGUUAUAGUCUGGAAAUUCAUUUAAAUUUGAUAAAAUCUUCCGUUUUCUAUAAGUAAAGCAUUAGCAUCCUUAUUUUUUUCUUAUAAAUAAUUUUUUAUUUUUAAAUUACACAUAUUUAUAAUUUUUUUCUUUUGCAAAAAAUUUUGUUUUAGAAUAUAGGUUACUAUUAGUUUGAGUUAAAUAAUUAUAGUAGUUGAUAUAAAUUCUCUAUUUUUCUAAUUUUUGUUAAUGUCAAUCAUUGAUAAUCUUAAGCCAAAUUCAUAAAAUUUAUUUUGUCUGCUUUUGAUUGUAAUUUUACAGCUAUUAAUUAGAUGAUUUUCCAAGUAUUUUUGAAUGUUUAUAAUAUGCAUUCUCUACAAAACAAUUUCUAUAUACUAUUAAUAAAAUAUUUACCAUUAUUUUGAUACAGUCCUCAUUUUUCUGAUCUGGUAUUCUAAUUAUUUGAAUACUUUAAUGAUAAGUUCUUCUUCUGUUGUGUUUAUCUUCUGUUGAUCUUUUUAGAUAAUUUGUUUUUUCUUUUAUUUCCUAUAACAAAUUAACUAUAAUUCAAAUUUGUACUUUGAAAUCAUCAAAUUGAGUGCUCAUAAAUUGUUUUUAUAAGGUCUAGUAGCUAUUUGUUUGAAUCAAUAUUACCUUCUUCCAUAAUUUUAGUAUUUUUUGUAACUACUGGUGUAAUAUAGCAUGCAAUCCCAAGAUUGCUUUCUAGAGAUAUUUAAUUUUCUAAAACACUCUUCUCUAAUGCCCAUGCAAGAAAAAUAAAAAAAUACAUUACAUUUUAAGCAAUUAGUUUUGUUACCGCUAAAAAUGUUCUCAUUCUAUAAUAAUAUUAUAUUAAAAUGAGUAAUUUCAGAUAAGCAACUAGUUCUAAAAUUAACGUGAUCUGUGCUGAUCUAUUUCUUGAAUGUUAUAAACUGUUAAUAUUUAAACAUUUUUUAUUUUUUUAUUAAGAUUAUCUUUCAAAGGGAUGUUUAUUUAAAGAAAAAUUAAAUCUGUAUUAUUACCUCUUAAUCACAAUUAAAAAAAUUAACUGUUUGUUCACUUUUCAAAAUUUUAAAAAUAGCAGAUUUAUAAUAGAUAUUUUUCUAAAAAGGUUUUUAAGGGAACAACUGUUAAAUUUGUUAUAUCCUGAGUUGAUUGUAGUGUUAAUAAUAUCCUGAAAACAUUGUGUAAAGGUCUAUGUAUAUAAUACAUAUUACUUAAAAUAUCAUUUUGAAUAAGAAAAAAUAUUAUUUUUAUUUUUGCCAUUUUAAAAUAAUUAUUAUAAAUUAUACUUUAUUGAAAUUAUGAGAAUUUAUUAAAGAAGAAAUAAGUAUCUUGAAACUUAAACUAUCAAUAAAAUAUGUUAAAAUUAAAUCCUUGAAAUAUGGUUUGAAAAUAUUACUAAGAACCUAAUUGCUUGUUUUGCAAUUUAAUAAUAACAAAAAUAAAUGUAGCUAUUAAAAAUUCACAGCCUAAGUCAAAGUUUUUUCUUUAUUAUGCUAUUCAUUAAUUAACAAUUCAAUUGUUUUUUUUAAAAUCAAUCUAGAUUAUGCAAUUGAUACUACCUGUAGCAGUUGCUGAAAAUAAAAAUGUUUUAAGAGAAUAUCGGCUGUAUAAAUGUUCCAUCAGCUUGGAUAAAGUAAGAACAGCUUCAAAUACCUAUUAUAGAUUGCCUCCAAUUAUAUUACAGUGGAUAGAUAGUAAUAUUAUUUAAUUUAGUUAACAAGGCUUAUUUAUUUUAAUAUUUAAUAUAAAAUGUACGUAAAUAAAAGGUUUGGUGGUUCAAUAAAGCACU